AUGAUCGAUCUGGUCCGUGCUUUCCACCAAAUUCCCAUAGCCCCAGAGGACGUUUCGAAGACGGCCGUUACCACACACUUUGGCCUCUUUGAGUUCCUUCGCAUGCCGUUUGGACUUCGCAACGCCUCCCAGACCUUCCAAAGGUUUGUAGACAGAGUGCUUCGCGGCCUACCAUUUGUCUACGCCUAUAUCGACGACCUUCUGGUAGCCAGCUGUACCACCGAAGAACACAUGGAACAUCUUACAACGGUGUUUGACAGCCUUCAACAAUUUGGCGUUGUUCUUAACCCGUCCAAGUGCGUCCUCGGUGUGCUCUCCCUAGAAUUUCUCGGUCAUCUGGUCGACUCCCACGGCAUUCGGCCUCUUCCCUCAAAGGUUGCCGCCAUUCGAGACUUUCCACCCCCACCUCGAAGCGUCGGUUGCAACGGUUUCUUGGUAUGGUGAACUUUUACCGCCGGUUCCUACCGAACUGUGCUGAUCUCAUGUUGCCGCUCACCAACAUGCUUUCUGGUCCCAAAGGUCCCCUCGAGCUGACUGGUGAAGCACUGACUGCUUUUGAGAGAAUCAAGAAUUCCCUUGCUGAUGCCACCUUACCCAGACAUCCCGCUCCCGAAGCUCAGCUGUCUCUGAUGGUAGAUGCAUCGACCGUAGCCGUAGGUGCAGUCCUUCAAAAACACCUUGCUGGUUCGACUCAAUCACUUGCCUUUUUCUCCAGAAAGCUCUUACCAGCUGAGACCUGCUACAGUACCUUUAACCGUGAACUACUUGCCAUUUACCUGGUUGUGAAGCAUUUACGGCAUUCCCUUGAAGGUCGUGACUUCACCGUUUUCACUGACCACAAACCGUUGACUUUUGCACUUCGUUCCCACACUGACAAACUAAACCCCCGGGAAAUCCGCCAACUGUACUUCAUCUCCCAGUUUACCUCAGACAUCCGCCACAUCGACGGCUCACGCAAUGAGGUGGCUGACGCACUGUCCAGGCCCUCUAUUGCUCAUCUUCAGCUUUCACCCGGGAUAGACCUCGUUGAGGUGGCCGCUGAACAACGCCGUGUCGGUACACCCUGUGCUGAGGAUGUUUCCGGACUCCAACUUCAGAACUACCUCUGA